AUGCAUCAACCACAUCAACAACUGUUUCAACCAAAACAACAGCUGCACCAAGCACUACAAAAGAAGCAAAAACUACAACGACAGCUGGCUCCACCUCAACUACAGCUACCCCAGCCACAUCAACAACUGUUUCAAAAGCUACACCAACCACAACUCAGGCUAGCUCAACCACAGCAACCGCUGCACCAACAAUAUCAUCAAGUGUUUCAACAGCAACUACAGAAGCACCAACCUCCACAACAGCUAUGCAAACCACAAAAAAAGUUGCACAAACCAGAACUACAGCCACACCAACCACAACUAAAGCCAGCUCAACCACAACAUCAGCUGCAAUUACCACCACUUCAGACACACCAGCCGCAAUAGCAACUGCACCAACCACAUCAACAACAAUUUCAACUACUACAACAAAUGCACCAACAACCACUACAGCUGCACCAACAACUACAAAAGAAGCAAAAACCACAGCUGCAGCUGCCUCCACCUUAACUACAGCUGCCCCAACCACACCAACAACUGUUUCAAUGACUACAACAGCUACACCAGCCGCAACAACAACUGCACCACCCACAACCACAGCUGCACGAUCAACAACAAAAGCUGCAAAAACCACCACUUCAGCCACACAUGCCAGUACAACAGAUGCAUCAACCACAUCAACAACUGUUUCAACCAAAACAACAGCUGCACCAAGCACUACAAAAGAAGCAAAAACUACAACUACAGCUGGCUCCACCUCAACUACAGCUACCCCAGCCACAUCAACAACUGUUUCAACAGCUACACCAACCACAACUCAGGCUAG